AUGGGGUAUCAGGGCUACUUACCAGCCUCCCACCAGACGUCCAAGCAGUCACAGCUCGUUCGUGAUCAGACACAUAGUUUGUCGGAGCCAUUUAAUGCUCCUAAUACAACGAUCUACUCGUUUAUUCCCAUUGCCGGGAAUUGCCAGCAAAAGCGCCCUCGUCGCCGACAUGAGGAAGUCGAUCGCAUCUACAAGUGUGAUAAAAGUGGUUGUAAGAAAGCCUAUGGCACUUUGAACCAUUUGAACGCGCACCUGAUAGCGCAAUCUCACGGUGCGAAGCGUCGGGCCGAAGAAUUCAAGGGCAUCCACAAGAGAUACAAGGCCAAGAAGAAGGAUGCAAGCACACAACGCAACACUGCUAAGUGGCGUGAGCGUGCUAUCAUUCAGCCUGAACCUGUCAGCCAUAUCGUCACUCCUGAUAUUCCUCCGGAGACCCAGAUUAAGGCUGCUCAAUCCUUCACCUCGGCACUGCCCUCUGCCUGCGGCAGCGGUGAUUUCCCUCUGCUGCCCCCCAUCGACGACCUUUUUGCUGACAUCGACUGCCUCUCUGCAGAAAUCGACCUCCUCUCUGCGAACAUCAAUUUACCCCCUGCAGACAUCGGUUUACUUUCUUCAGAUAUGCAAUUCCCUGGGCAACAAAUUGGCUAUGGUGACGACCUGUUCUACGAUAGCGAUGAACAGACGGAUUCUCCAGUCUUUCUCACGAGUCUCUCGUUGUAA